UAUGACGUUUGACAGAUGUUGGCACACCAGGGAUUCCACCUUCAUCUCGGCUAUCGUAUUUUACCGAGAUGUUAUAGUAUAAGACUAGCCUACUCGAGAUAUCUGAUUGAUUUUAUUUUAGUGCUGACUCAAGUCCCCCUGUAGACUGCAUGCGCAUGGGCAUGAGUCGGCUUCCUGACUCUCCGGUUAGCGCCAUUUUCUUCCUCUUAGUUAGCUAGCUUAGCUACCGCAUAAAUACAUUGAUUAGGCCAUCUUCUUGUUUAUUUCAGCAUACUCAGUUAGUUAGUCGGCAUUCAUACCAAUCGAUUUUUGAACAUGGAAGACGAAAGCCACCCCAAAACGCUGUAUGUUGGUAACCUGUCCAGAGAUGUAACAGAAAUUUUGAUUCUUCAGCUGUUCACCCAAAUUGGACCUUGCAAAAGUUGUAAAAUGAUCACUGAGCAACCCGAUAGCAGGAGGAUGAACUCUUCUGUGGGAUUUUCUGUUUUGCAGCAGUCAAGCAAUGACCCGUAUUGCUUUGUGGAGUUCUUUGAACAUAGAGAUGCUGCUGCUGCCCUAGCAGCCAUGAAUGGGAGGAAGAUAUUGGGAAAGGAGGUCAAAGUAAAUUGGGCCACCACUCCAAGUAGCCAGAAGAAAGAUACAUCAAAUCACUUCCAUGUGUUUGUGGGAGACUUAAGCCCUGAGAUCACCACUGAGGAUAUCAAAGCUGCAUUUGCACCUUUUGGGAAAAUAUCGGAUGCUCGUGUUGUGAAGGACAUGACGACAGGAAAAUCUAAGGGGUAUGGAUUUGUGUCCUUCUAUAACAAACUGGAUGCAGAGAAUGCCAUCGUGCACAUGGGGGGACAGUGGUUAGGAGGACGGCAGAUCAGGACCAACUGGGCAACUCGCAAGCCACCCGCCCCCAAAAAUGUGCAAGACAAUGGCUCGAAGCAGCUGAGGUUUGAAGAUGUAGUGAACCAAUCCAGUCCCCAGAACUGCACCGUGUAUUGUGGAGGAAUCCAGUCAGGACUGUCAGAGCACCUCAUGCGACAGACAUUCUCACCCUUUGGACAAAUAAUGGAAAUCCGAGUUUUCCCAGAGAAAGGUUACUCUUUCAUCAGGUUUUCCUCCCAUGAAAGUGCUGCCCAUGCAAUUGUCUCUGUAAAUGGAACGUCCAUUGAAUGCCACAUAGUGAAGUGCUACUGGGGCAAAGAAUCCCCCGACAUGGCCAAAAGCGUACCACAGGUAGAGUACGGUCAGGGUCAGUGGGGACAGUGGAACCAAAUGUAUGGGAGCCCCCAGGCCCAGCAGUAUGGGCAACAGUACAUGGCAAAUGGUUGGCAAGUGCCUUCUUAUGGAGUGUCUUAUGGACAGUCAUGGAAUCAGCAAGGAUUUGGUGUAGAGGAUUCCAUUCUGGCCGCAGCAGCACAGAACAUUUCAAGACAGUCCCAGUCCCCAGCCUGGGUGGGAGGGUUUGGAUCCCCGGCGCCGUCCCAGCCCGGUCCUGUGAUGCCCAACCAGGGAAACUUCAACAUGGCUGGCUACCAGACACAGUGAUCAGGCUCUCACUCUCAUCAGUGGGAAUCAGUGGACUUUCAGUUAGGAGAACAUAAAGUAAUUAACAUUGUAAUCAUCUGGAGAGAUUGUGUUUUUAAAGCAGAGAAGAUCAGGAACAACAAUAGUUUACCUCUUUUGAGGAAGCAAAUGUUAUUUAUAAAGACAGGUAGAGAGUUGUUUUUAUUGGCUGAAGUUCUGUUGUGUACAAAUUAAAUGUCAAGAAGAAGUAUGGGAGAGAAAAAAAACUCGGACUGAAUUUUCACGCUUUUAUAUAGGGGAUAUCUUGGUAAAGAUUUUUUUGAUGAGUUUUAGUUGACCACUUAAUGUAGUUAAAUACAGACUUAAUUUCAUUUAUAUACCCUAGUUUGUCAGGACAUUGCACAGGUACAUAUAGAAAGAAGUUGUACAUUUUCAGAACAUAAUGCUCUUUAAAUUGUUAAGAGUUUCUGAUUUUUAAAUCACUUUCUGAACAUUUGAUAGAUAUGAGUGAACACAUUUUCUGUCUCCUGCUUUGAGGUUUAGCAUUUUGGCCCAACAAAGCACAUUAAAAGCACUUUUAGGGUCAAAUUUGCUUUAAAUCUUCAAAGGCAUAUGGAUUUGUGUGCCAUUAUGUAUAUUUACAUUUAUUUACUUCACAUUCUUCAUCUCCCAACAUUGUACUAGCUGAGUUUCUUGAUAAUGCGUGUAAAUCUCUAUGCUAUUUUUUUUUUUGCUUAUACCUGUAAAUGUCACGUAUAAUGGAGAAGGGUCAUGGAAGGCCAAACGUGUGUGUAUAUAACCCUCGAACACCUGAUUUGAAUUGAGGGUUUCCAAGCAUGUACUCUUUAGUAUCACAGGAGCUCCACAAACCUAAUGUUGUAUAUACUGUAGAUGAGUGUGCAAUGCAGGGCUGACAUAUUGAAUCUAUUCAAUAUAAUUUACAAAGAAGCCUUAAUUUAAAUGUCAGUUACUGCACCAGUUUAUUUUAUUCAAGGAAGCUUCUUAGAAGGUUGAACUCUAGAUUUUAGUGAUGACUGAUGAUUUUAUCAUUUUCAAGUUGUGCCAUUUUCAGCUAAUAGCAGGAGACGAGUAAUGAGCAUUUCCUGGAGACAUUGAGGGUGAAUUGCACGUUUUUGAAAAUGUAUUAUCUUGGUUGCUCAAAGUAUUGAAUGUAAAAUGGCAAUUGUUUUAAUGACGAAUAAAGUUCAGCAAUUGACAAUUCAA